GAAAGGAGAGGGGGAGAGAGAGAGAGAGGGGGGGGGGAGAUAUUUUCGCACUAACAUCGAACUUCGUUUUUAACUUCUACAUAUAAUACAUUAACAAAAAAUAAUGUAAUUUUAUUUCAUAAUCUACAAGUAACGAGAAUAAACAUUAAAAGAAUCUGUGCAAAUCAGAAGAAGUCACACAAUCUCUUUGCCUCCUCCUCUUUUCCCGACAAACAGGAAGUUCGUUUAAAACAAAAUAGGCGAAUAUCCGGGCACUAUCGCCUGGGUGUGUUGUCCGAGGGAAGAAGCCAAAGAGAUCACAUCGAGCAUAUUCUUCCUUUCUUUCUUUCUUCCUUCCUUUCUUUCUGAUCGAUUCGCGGCGCGAGCUACCACGGCCCGUUAUCCGUUAUCGAGCCCUUUCUACUCUUGAAAGCAGAACGCGAGGACGGUAAGCGACGCUACGGCAUGGCGAACAAGAUCGUUCGGUCUCUCUCUCUCGCAUCCGUUUCGUAGAACAGCUGAUCCAUCCAGCGUUAUUGGGGAAGAGAAACGCCAGGGUGCAGUCAGUUUCCCGUAUACUUGUUUUCCUGAACGAGCUACGAGACGAAGAUCGGCACGUUGUGUUUCUACACGACUUCUCCGCCCUAGGACAGCGGACGGCCAUGCGUCCGGAGAAAUCCGGAUCCCGGAAAAAUCAAUGCUCGAGGGGUGCAAUGUGACAGCGCGUCGUAAAGCACAACCAGGGCUGCUGUCGACUUUGCGACUGAUCGCGAUACGACACAGGUAUCAGGUUAUGUCACAACGUCUGACAAUUGUAAACACGCGUACCCCGUUCCAUUGAUUGUGUAAUACAGCGUCAAUGAGGCGACGCGACUUGAAGACUAACAGGAUGCUGAAGCUGGACGAGAUCGAGAGCGAGAACCUGCCCAAAAAAACGAGAAAGACCACAGAGGAGAAGAAGAGCAAGGGCCACAGAAAGAGUAAGCAUGCCAGUAGCAGUGGGCGAAAAUUACGGAGCAGCGUGGAGGCUGUAUCACACAAAGUGGAACCUCAAGAAGAGGAGACACCGCUAGAUUUGUUGUAUCUUACGAAGCAUGCUUCUGAAGUAUCCUGUAAGAUAGAACCAUCUGUGUCCAAUGAGGACAAUUACAUUCUAAUGCCUCCCUUGGAGGCUCUCGAGGAUGCGGAAGUGAGGAUGGAGGAACUGCUUGAACAGAGUAUGCAUAAAAUCUCCAAGAAUCAAAAGAACGGCAGGUGGAAACACAGUUACAACAAGAUGGUAUACUUGCGGAAGUACGUAGCUAACAGCGAUCAAGCAACACAGGACGAAACCAGCCAAAGCACGUCUUCCGAGGAGCACGAACGUAUCCCCAAAAUCGAAUGUAUUACGUACGACAACCUGGAAAAGAUGAAAAGGGACAAGAAGUGGACAAAGAAGUUAAAUCCUCUGUCUCUGCACUAUACAGAUAAGAAGAGACCCUAUUUGAAGUGUCCCGCAUGCGGCUCGACGUUCUUCAGUCCACAUACGUAUCAGAGGCACUUGCUCUCGCACUUGCAUAUGACGGCGGAGAGUUACAUGUGUAAUUUUUGUAAUUAUUCGAACGCAGAGCCCGGAAUGUUAUUUGCUCACUUGACCAAGCAUCAAAACCAAUGCGAGUCCUGCAACGAGAGCUUAUUGCGCAAGGACAACUAUGAAAAACACUAUCAGUGCUCGAUCAGUAUAUUGGAAUGUGGCUUGAAACGGGAUCAUCAUGGAAUGUUCGUCUGUACGGUUUGCGAAUUGGUAUUCGACCUCUUGGCUCAGCUGGAAAAACACUGGUCCAAGCAUACCUGCAAGAAACAAAAGUCGUAUCAGUGCAACGAAUGUAGCGGUAUGUACGAGAACACGGAGACCCUGGAAAAUCACAUAUGCCUCAAGUGUCCCAUUUGCGGCGAGGUCUACGAGAGUCUCCAUCGACUGAAGAUACACACAAUGUGGACAAAACACAACCUGAAGUGUCCUAUCUGUUCUUAUGAAUUUAUUCUCUCCAUGGACCAUGAGAAACAUAUGGCCCUACACAGAAAAGUUUACCAACCCAUGAAAGAUUACAUGCAUUGUUUACGCGCGGUCGACGGUAAGACAUUUCAAUGCAAUUUAUGUGACAAAAUAUUUUACGCCUUACCCGCUCUUCUUACGCAUCUCACCGAGGACCACAACGUGGGGAAUGUAAAAGUGGAAGAGGAGAUGGAAGAUGACGCUUACGAACUGAAGGGGGACGCUAUCGAUAUUGUUGUAGUUCCUGAUUUCAAAGAUUCCGACAGCUAUUAUGACAAUGAGAUCGAUUCUUUGCAACAGGAAACCGAUCUCUACGAUCCGUCAUAAAGACAAAAUAUUACUUGAGUUUGAAUCGUGAAAAUAAAAGCAACAAACUUUACCUGUGAAUGGUCGUUAGCUUUUAUCAAACAUUUCGAAUAUUCUCGUAAUAGUGAUACUCAAGUCGGACUACGAAAUAAAACUGAUACAAUUGUGCCGUUUAUAGAUGUAACUCAUGCGCUACUUUUAAAAAUGUAUCGUUUGCUUCAGGAUUUUGAUAUCAAUUUAUACCACAGAACGUUAAUUUUACAUAGAACAUGUUACACAUUCUUCUGUCUUUAUCUGUUAAGUAAAAUAUAUCGAUGAUAAUUAAACACAUAUAUUAGCGAUCAGAAAAUAGAUAAGGAGAAAAUAGAUACAGAACGGAUAGUUGUGAAAUGAUUGAAAUAGCAGGUAUUUUCUGAUGAACUUAGUGACGAAUUCGACUUGAGCUACUUCGCACUGAUAUACUAAAAAGAUUGUAUUAUACUUAAAAUUAUUUAAUUAGAAACUAAU